CCAGUGGGACAGCCAUGGAGGACACCCUCACCUGCAGCCACGCCACCUUCUCCCAGGUGUUUGGACGUCAGGGACAGCUCAUGCAAGCCACCGUCCAGUCUCUGAACAGCCUGAACGACCAGAUUGCUCAGUUCAUGGUAACGCGACCCUGUAGCUUGGCGGACGAGGACGAGGCCUUCUUGCCAGGGGAGAGGGACACCUUGAGGAAGUCCAUGACCCUGAUGAGACACCUCCUUAUGGAUGCUCAGGGGAAAAUCCUUAAAAUGAUGGAGGACAACAAACAGCUGGCACAGAGGAUUGAUGGGGCCAUCCAGUCUGCCAGUCAGGAAGUGACCAACCUCCGCUCCGAGCUCUCUGCCACCAGCCGCAGACUGGCAGAGCUGGGUGCCAGCAGCCCCCCUGCCUUGGAGAACCACCACCAGCACAACCACCACGAUGACAGCCUUCACUACCGGGAUCCAUCAGUGCAUCGCAGGCAGAAGACAGUGGUGACAGACAUGUGCUACCCGACGGAGAUAUCCAGCCUGAUGGACUUUGGCACUCCAGACUGCUCGCUAGGCAAAGUGCUGUUGCGUGAGGAGGUGGUCCAGCUUCAAGAGGAGGUCCACCUGUUGAGGCAAAUGAAGGACAUGUUGAGCAAGGACCUGGAGGAGACCCAGGGAGGCUGCUCCGCCAAUCUGCUCUCUGCCACCGAGCUCCGUGUGCAGCUGGGUGACAAGGAGCAGGAGCUGGACCGUGCCAAGGAGGCCUUACAAGCUAUGAAAGCCGACCGUAAGCGACUAAAAGUGGAGAAAGGAGACUUGGUGAGUCAGAUGCAGCAGCUGUACACGACACUGGAGAGCAGAGAGGACCAGCUGCGAGAAUUCAUACGCAACUACGACCAGCACAGAAAGGAGAGUGAGGACGCAGUGAAAGUCCUGGCGAAGGAGAAGGACAUGCUGGAGAGGGAGAAGUGGGACCUGAGGAGGCAGACCAAAGAAGCCACGGAGCAGGCCAGCAUCCUGCGCUCUCAGAUGGACAUGAAGGAGAACAGGAUUAAAGAGCUGGAGGCCGAGCUCACCAUGGCUAAACAGUCUCUGGCCACUCUGACAAAAGACGUACCGAAGCGACACUCCUUGGCCAUGCCGACAGAACCCGUGGUGAACGGCAGUCAGGAGUGGGUGAUGCAGGCUGACCUGCCGCUCACAGCCGCCAUCCGGCAGAGCCAACAGACCCUCUACCACGGACAUGUCUCAGACAGACAGGCCGUGGUUAGGAUCAGCCCCUGCCACUCUCGCCAGCCCUCUGUGAUCUCUGAUGCCUCCGCGGCUGACGGGGACCGCUCGUCCACCCCUAGUGACAUCAACUCACCUCGUCACCGGACCCACUCCCUCUGCAAUUCCAUGGAGGACCUGGAAGACCAGAAGCGUAAGAAGAAGAAGGAGAAGAUGACUCUGGGAUCCCUAUCACGGGUGUUCGCUCGGGGCAAGCAGCGCAAGUCACUGGAUCCCGGCUUGUUUGAUGACUCUGACAGCCUCACACAGCAGAGCCUGUCUGACGGAGAAGAGCAGCUGGACCGCCUCCAGCAGGCCGAGCUCACUCGAAACACGUGCAUGUCAGUGUGGAGGGCAGGUGCAGUCCAGGCCUGGAUGGAGGUUGUCAUGGGAAUGCCCAUGUACACCCGAGCCUGCUCGGAAAACGUCAAAAGUGGCAAGGUGCUGCUAGGCCUGACAGAUGAUGAUUUAGAGCUGGGUCUGGGCAUCACUAAUCCAAUUCAUCGCAGGAAAGUCAGACUGGCCAUCGAGGAUUAUAGAAGAGCAGAAGGGGAGCAGGGACUAUCAAAAGCAUCCGAGCUGGACCAUCAUUGGGUUUCGACGUCAUGGCUGAGUGACGUGGGGCUGCCUCAAUACUCCCAAACCUUCCAGGCUCACUUAGUGGACGGACGGGUGCUGAACUCCCUCAGCCGCAGAGACCUGGAGGUCUUCCUCAACAUCGGCGACCAGUUCCACCAGACUAGUCUACUCCUGGCAAUCCAGCUCCUGCAGAUGCUCAGCUUUGAUAAAGAGGCCCUGCAGGCACGGCGGACAAAAUGUGACCACCAAAACCGGGACCCCAUUGUUUGGACAUGUCACAGAGUGAUGAAGUGGGUCAGAGACAUAGACCUCAAGGAGUUUGCAGACAACCUUCAGGGUAAAGGGAUUCACGGUGCUGUGAUGGCUCUGGAUCCGUCCUUCGACACAAACGCCAUGUCCAAAGCUCUGGGAAUCCCCAGCAACAAACACAUGCUGCACCGGCACCUCUACGAAGAGUUGAAAACACUUUCAGUCCCUCACAGUAAUGCAGAGCAAGGCUCUGAGGUCGUCGGCCCUUGUUCACCUGUGACUGCAAACCGCUUUGCAGAUGAGCGCGUGUCUAUGAGAAGAUCGGGAAAGAGUCCACUGAGGUUACGUGCAAACAGCCACUCUGUGGAGCGAGGUCUGGGCUUCCACAGCAGCUGCGGCUCUCUGCCCAGGGAGGCCAGAGUGCAGGCGGUCCCCCGCGCCAAAGGCAGCCCGGUGCACACCUACAAGAGCGUCGAAAUCACCAACGUCUGAACCAGCCUCUGCCACUGAGAUAUUUACCAUUGUUUACAAUAUAACUGUAUCAUAAAGACCUAUGCUUGACAUUUAAGAAACCUUAAAGGAGUAUAUCAUUUAAUAAUCAAAAUGUAUUUUUAUUUGGACCAGCGUAAUUACAAACGCAUAACACGUUCUCUAAACAGGAAAUAGAAAAAACUUACAUCAGUUUAGAAGGUUUUGAGUUGACUAAAUAAGUUUUAUAUAUUAAUGAAAACAUAUACUGACAUCAUAGAUGAAAAGAGGAGAGAGGAAUAACUGAAACCAGUGUUUGAUGCCUUAUAGGUCUGAUAUGAUCUUAAUAGGUCUGUACCUUAUUACUAUUUAUUUACUAUCACUGUUCUAAAAAUGUUGGUUGUUUUUCCUGUUGUUGCACAUGCAAGUAAAUGAAGAAUCAUGAUUACAUUAUAGAGAAAAAAGUAUUUUAAUAGGUUUUAUUGUAGAGCUGUGUAUCUGCUGUUACUUUGAGUCAACCAGGGCCCUGUUCUUCCUACAUGGAUUGAUGAAUUAUCCAGACAUGCGGAGGAUUUGAGUGCAGUAUUGUGACAAAGAUCCUUUACAUGAACCUUUUACAUUCCUUUUGAAACUUGGGCCAAACUAAAACACUGAAGUACACAUCAAAUAUAUUGUUUUCAGGUUUCUGUCAUUGAGGGUAGUUAAUACAGUGCUCAUCUAUCACCAAGUGACAAUUUUUCCAAGAGGUUUUGUUCAUGUUGUUAAAAACAGGAUAUGACAUCAUAAUGAUUGACAGGACAUUACUGCACACACUCUCCAAACUCACAAGAUGCCGCUGCACAUAUCCCCUGGACGUUAGCAUCUGUUUGACCUACAGUUUAUGGUUGAAACGGUCAAAAUAUAGUAGAACAAAAUGAAAAUGUAAAAAAGUCUCUAUGAAUUUAUUGUCCCUUUGAGUACUACUCCCAACAUCCACAAUGCAGCCCCAUUAUAAGCACUCAGCCAGUAAUAAUAACCCUGAUCUGAGGUUCAUCUGUUAAUUAUUAGGAUUAACAAAUCAAUCCUCACACUGCCUCAAUCACUCUUAAAGGACGGGGCCCUGAACAACACAUCACGUCACCUCAUUACCGGUAAAACACAACAUUACCAGUAAAAAAACAUGAAACAUUUGAAAGAGCUAAAUUUGCUACCACUAUUACCAAGAAGAAGUAGUUUUUGUUUAUUUUGUGAAACAGCAGUUUGUAGCACACAAAACAAUGUUUACUUGCAAAAACUGUUACAAUCAAUUUUGCCAUCAGUGUUACUUAAAAAAAAAAAAAAACACACAUCUGUGGUUUUUAUUUAGAUGUAAAAGAUUGACGAUUUUACUUACAAAAAUGCUCCUCUGUGAUAUGUAGAUAAAAUAAACAGCUGAAUGUUUGAUUAUGAAA